UCCUUCAACAACAACAGCUAGUCAGACACCUCCGUAGCUUUCUAGCAAACAUAGCAGCAACAUUCACGCUCUUUACACUGUUUUGGUGUAUAUUAGUCGCUGUGUAUGAAACACACUUCUGUUGUAUGUACUUGUUGGCCCAUUUAAUGAUAUAUUUACGUUGUUUGUCAGCUAGCUGGUUUGCUAAAUUAGCUUAGAACUAGUCUAGUCGCUAAUGCUAGCUAGCUAACAUCCCCGACCAUGAGUUCACUAAGUUACUCUCCUCCUGUUAAAGAAGAGGUGGUCUGCUGGACGGAGAAAGAAUCUCUUGUGAAAGAGGAGGAGGAAGAGGAGGCUGUUACAAUACAAAAACAUGUAGAGGGUGAGGCUUUUACCGUGAAAGAAGAAGAGAAAGACGUUUCAGUGAAAGAAGAGGAAGACGCGUUCAUAGUGAAAGAGGAGGAGGAUGUUACAGUAAAAGAAGAGGAGAAAGAGGAGGAUGCAGUUUUUGGAGUGAAAGAGGGGGAGGAGAAGAUGACUGUCACAUUGGAGGAAGAAGAGGAUGUUGGAGAUCUGUUAAACACCAGAGAGAGACGUGACUAUUAUGGAUCCUCUGGGGAGCCUCAACAACCUCAUGAUGCUGACAAGGCAGAGAAGAGUCUCUCCACAUUAGAACAGCUCAAGAAACACCAGCAGAGAUCCAAAGGGAAGAGAACUCACUGCUGCUCUGAUUGUGGGAAGAGUUUCACCUCCUCAGGCAUUACAAUUCAUCAGAGAAUCCACACAGGAGAGAAACCUUUUAGCUGUACUCAAUGUGGGAAGAGUUUUACUCAGUCAACCAGCCUGAUAUCACACCAGAGAAUCCACACAGGAGAGAAACCUUUUAGCUGUACUCAAUGUGGGAAGAGUUUUACUCAGUCAACCAUCCUGAUAUCACACCAGAGAACACACACAGGUGUAAAACCCUAUAGCUGUGCUCAUUGUGGGAAGAGAUUCACCUCCUCAAAAGUCGUUAAUGUACAUCAGAAAAUCCAUACAGGAGAGAAACCUUUUAGCUGCUCUGACUGUGGAAAGAGGUUUCUACUCUCAGGACAAUUAAAAUCACACCAGAGAACACACACAGGAGAGAAAACCUGUAGCUGUGAUGAAUGUGGGAAGAGUUACACUACAUUUAACAAUCUGAUGGUACACCAGAGAACACACACAGGAGAGAAACCUUAUUGCUGUGGUCAAUGUGGGAAGAGUUUUACUCAGCCACAUACCCUGAUAUCACACCAGAGAACACACACAGGUGAGAAACCGUAUUGCUGUGGUCAAUGUGGGAAAAGUUUUACUCAGCCACAUACCCUGAUAUCACACCAGAGAACACACACAGGAGAGAAACCUUAUAGCUGUGAUCAAUGUGGGAAGCAUUUUACUCAGUCAAGCCACUUGAUAGCACACCAGAGAACACACACAGGAGAGAAACCUCAUAGCUGUGCUCAAUGUGGGAAGAGUUUUACUACAUCUUGCCAGCUAACUACUCACCAGAGAAGACACACAGGAAAUAAUCCUUAUAGCUGUACUCAAUGCGGGAAGAGUUUUACUCAGUCAAGCCACCUGAUAUCACACCAGAGAACACAUACAGGAGAGAAACCUUAUGGCUGUGAUAAAUGUGACAAGAGAUACUCUGAUAAAAGAUAUCUGAUUAAACAUCAGAAAAUACAUGCAUGAAGGAGUUUUUUCGUUAUAUCAAACAUUGUAGAAGGAGUAUUUGUUUGCUGAUUGUCUCAAGGGUGGGCAGUCAAACAGUUUUGUGUUUUACUUUUAGCCAGUGCAUCACAAUUUAUUUUGACUGCAAGUUUUUCCGUAUUGGAGAUGAGUUUUGUUUGGGCUCGUUCCAAGGGGACGCUAUUGAGUUUUAGGAAGACUAGAGUUCUAGAAGCUAGUGAGUUUUAGGAAGACGAGAGUUCUAGAAGCUAGUGAGUUUUAGGAAGAUGAGAGUUCUAGUAGCUAGUGGAGUUUUUUUACAAAAUUAGUUUUAGGAUUCUAUAGAAAGAAAAAGGUGAGAAAUAACACUAUUGUAUAUUAUUAUUUAGAAAUAAACGUUUUUUUUUCUUCUUGUUUUUAAUUGUUGACAGCCAGUAGACACCAUGUUAAUAUUGUAGAAAGUGAAGCAUUGUAGUUGAUUAUAAUGUGAAAUGGAAGUUGUUUUCUGUUGGUGGGUGAGCAAACUUGUCCAACAAAAAUAUAGGAUAUAUUUCUUGUUGUCUUAAAGGGGGAAGGUGUUACUGGCUUUGGUUUUUCCAUUUAUGUUUUGAGGUUCGACUUUAGCACGUCUAGCUCGUAGGGCGCACUGAUUGGUGUCACCUCGUUAGUCAGUAUGUGUUACACCAGUUCUUUUGUUUGCCCAGUGCUCCAGUUGUCUUGAUAGAUGUGGAGAGUCAACACCUUUAGUUGAUCCACCUUUUUGGUUUACUUCCUGUCUUUAAGUUUGAUGUGGGUUAUUAUUUUGUUCUCCUCUUCUUGGGCAGAUUUAGUGGGUCUCAUGGUGCUUGUCUUUUAUGUCCCAGUUGUUGUUACUAGUCAACUUUCAGGGGACACUGAGAGCAAAAAUUGCAAGAUUAUGUUAUAAUACUUUUAUUGCAUCAAGUGGUUGUUUUAUGCAACAGAAUAGAGGGUUCUUAUAACUAUUGUGUCUGUGUGUUCUACUGAGGAUGGUCCUGAAAACACUGACCGGAGAUUUACAAUGUCUUUUGGGUGAUGAUAUCUAAAGAGACUGCAUUCCAGAGCAUGAGAUAAUGUUUCUUUCUAUAUGGUACCAGGGAGAGAUGACCUCAGGGCAAGACCCUGGUCUCUACACAAAGAGUACUGUUUUUACAGCAGAUACUGUCUGCUGUGAAUUAUAAGUAUCUUUCAUACAAAUCUUAAUCCCGUUCUAUACAUCUGUUGUUCGUCAUGUAGAUUGAAAGGGGUGUAUCUUGGCUGUAAAAGACCUUUGUACUUUUGUCUCGUGGCUCUCAACGAAUCAUCUGGGGGUGAUUCGUCGACCAGCCAUCAUUAUCGUAGAGCACUCAAUUGAUUAACUUUUAUAUGUGUACGUUGUAUUGCCUGCUCCCUUAUUAAGUGAAUAAAGAUUUAGUUUAAGAAUAA